AUGGCGAAGAUCAAAUUCAAAGUUCGCAAGUUCUUGGCAAAGAUGAAGCUCCGCCGACGAUUCGCGAAAGACGCGAAAGCCACUGCCAAACAUGAGGAGCGUCUGGCUAAAGUCCAGCGGGUCGAGGGGACAGAGCACCGCAUUGAACGCUCGAUGGAUGUUAUGGUUGCUGCUCGUCGCAGUGUGUACGGAGCUCACAUGCUCCCUCGCACAACCAACUUCGGGGUCACCCCUGAGGAGGCCCGUGAACUCCAUCAGAGUCAGCAGGCUUACAACGCUGCUCACGCCACUGUUGGUAAGGACGUCGCCACCCCGGAUGGGGGUGGUAUCUGGGAUGGCGGUGCUGCUAAGGACGACGACGCGACUGGCAACCCCAACCCCAACCUUAUCUAA